ACAUUUGUUCCUUGGGGAUGUUUCAAUUGAGAACGUUUCUUUUAUUUAAUUGCCAAGGAAAAGUUUUUAAUUGACGCAAAAGUACGAAAAUCCCCUCGGAGCGCCUCAUCCAGCAGAUAAACAAUUAUUUUUUAAUUCAUAAAAUGCAAACACCUAUACUUAAGUUCUUACCACACUGAACUCUCAAAGAGUGCAAGACUUCAGCUUCUGCAACUGUUUAGCGGAUUCUCCACAGUAUGAACACGUCCGAGACCAUCUCCGAGUUUGUAAUCGUGGGCUUGUCAGAGUUCAAGGACAACAAAACGCUGCUGUUUGUUCUCUUUCUGUUGGCCUACAUGACCAUUCUGGGAGGGAACACCAUGAUAAUAUACCUGGUGCGGACGGACGCCAAGCUCAGUUCGCCCAUGUACUUCUUUCUGCACAACCUGUCCUUCGUGGACAUCGUCUACACGUCAGUGACCAUCCCCAACAUGCUGUCGGGCUUGCUGACGGGGACCAAUACCAUCUCAGUGCCGGGCUGCUUCCUGCAGAUGUACUGGUUCAUCUCCAUGGCGGUGACCGGGCGCAGCCUUUUGACCGUGAUGGCGUUCGACCGCUACGUGGCCAUCUGCAACCCACUGCGCUACACCGCCAUCAUGACGCAGAAGGUCCGCCUGCUCCUCAUCUGCGGGGCCUGGGGGUUCGGCAUGGCCUGCACCCUUCCCGCCAUCUCCGCCGUGAGCCGGCUGCCCUUCUGCGGCGCCAACCGCGUGCGCCACUGCUUCUGCGACCCGUCCUCCGUCAUGCGGCUGGCCUGCGCCGACGUGGCCGCCGUCAGCCGCCUGUCGCUGGCGUCCGCCAUGGUGGCGCUGCUCGGCACGCUGGCGCUCGUCCUCUCGUCCUACGCCGCCAUCGGCGCCUCCAUCGGCCGGAUGGGCUCCUGGGAGGUGCGGCGGAAGGCCUUCGCCACCUGCGCCUCCCACCUGACCGUGGUCUCCCUCUCCUACGGCUCGGCCGCCUUCGUGUACACCUCGUACCGCGUGGGCGACUUCUCCGCCGACGUGCGCAUCAUCGUGGCCAUCCUGUACUCCGCCCUGACGCCGCUGCUCAACCCCGUGAUCUACAGCCUGAGGAACCGGGAGCUCAGGGACGCGGUGAGGCGGGCGUUCUGUUGCCGCCGCCGAGACGUGUCGCCGCGGGCCAGGAAAACCGCCGCCGCGCCAGCCUGAGCGUGCGCCGUAACCUUGGUAACGCACGUACGGCGGCCCCUAAACGUGCUUCCUAACCUUGGUAACGCAUGUACAGCAGCCCUGAGCAUGCUUUGUAACCUUGGUAACGCAUGUACAGCAGCCCUGAGCGUGCUUUGUAACCUUGGUAACGCAGGUUCAUUUAAAAUAAAAAAAAAUCUAAUAAUUUUUUAUAAAUCAGUCAAAGGUCUCUUCCAUGCCCAAAAAUGAUUAAAGGAAACGCUGAAAAGUGAUGCCAAGAUGUUCAUUAUUUGAAUGUUUUUAUUAUGAGGUCAGGUGUCAAUCCCUGUUUUGAAAAUGUUUAAAAACCAAAAAGACAUAAUUACAGGAAUAUGAAAAAAUGGCAAUUUAUUUAAAAUGACCAUAUUUGGAUGUUUUCAUGUAAUAUUUAACAGGACUAAGUGUAAAUAUCUCAAAAUAUGUGAUGUGCAUGUGGUCAUAAUGUACCUAUCAGAUGAGUAUAUGACCCAAAUGGACAUUUUGCACUAUUUGUCAGUCCUUUUUGAUUUAGUAUCAUCAUUACUUUUCUGUAAAAUUAAUAUUUAAUACCUUUCUCAUGCUUAGAUGUAAUCGAUGUAAAUAUGGAAUUUGUGAGAUUUUGAUGGAAAUUCAUCACAAUAAAAAAGUUUCCUAAGCAAGACACAAGUCA